CCAACAUUGGAUUUAAGUACUAUUAAAUAGGUAUAUACCAUCAAUUUACUUAACAAAGUACAAGAAAAGAUCUAAAAUACAAGAUUUCUAUUCCGUUGAUGUAAUAAUUUUUCAGUCAUUUUAGUCCAAAUUCUAAGACAAUAGCAAGAUGGCUAAAAGGGAACGUGGGGUGAUGCAAUUAAUUUGGAAAAGUUUUGUUAGUUCUUUACGACCAGCUACGCGACAUAAAUUAAUUGGAGAAGAUUAUUAUGGAACCAAAUAUUAUGAAAUACCCGUUCCAACUAAUUCUACAAAGAAAGCACAUCGUUAUUUUGUACCUGUAAAUAAAGACGACUUCGACCAAGAACUACCCACAGAAUGGGAGUCAUGGUUAAGGUAUCGUAGGAGAGAUCCACCAUCUAAAGAGGAAAUAGAAACAAAUUAUGAAAUAGCAAUGACUAAAAAACAAAAUGCUUUGCAAAUAAAAGCCAAAUAUUCGAGUUCUGUAUCUGAAACAUCAAAGUUGGAAGUUCCAAAGAAAGGACAAGAAUCAUUCCCCACAUAUGAAGAAUAUAAGAAUGAUGGAGAAAGCUAUGAAAUUAAAAAACGCCCAUUGUAGACAUAGAAAAGAUAAAUAAAAAUAUGUAAAUAAAGUA